UUCCAGACCAUUCUUUCUAGACCUGUGCCUGAGGACCCCAGGCUGAUGGGUGCCCAGCUCUGCUCCCAGGAUGACGGCGCGGCGCCCCGCGAGAGCCUCCGCUUCCACGCCGAGGCCAAGGGCGCGCAGGUGCGUCUGGACGCGGCGCGGAGCAGCGCGCGCCGCUGCGCCACCUUCCGCGACGGCGUGGUGUUCAGCCAGCGGCCCGUGCGGCCCGGCGAGCGCGUGGCGCUGCGCGUGCUGUGGCACGAGGCGCGCUGGUGCGGCGGCCUCCGCGUGGGCUUCACGCGCCUCGACCCCGCGCGCCUGGCCGCGCGCAGCCUGCCGCCCUUCGUGUGCCCCGACCUGGAGCUGCAGAGCCCGACGUGGGCGGCCGUGCUGCCCGAGGGCAGCGCCUUCCCGGGGAACGUGGUCUGCUUCUGGGUGAACCGCCGCGGCCGCCUCUUCGCCGAGGUCAACGCGGGCCCCCCGCUCCUGCUGCGCACCGGCGUGCUCAUGGGCGCCCCGCUCUGGGCCGUGAUGGACGUCUACGGGACCACCAAGGCCAUCCAGCUGCUGGAUGCCACAGCCAGCGCCUUCCCCAGAGCCCUGCCGUGGGUCCCCAAGGAGACUCUGUCUGAGCCUGAAGCCACAGCCGGAGAGGAGUGCACUAUCUGCUUGCACCGUGCUGCCAACACCCGCUUUGUCCCCUGUGGCCACACACACUUCUGCAGCCACUGUGCCUGGCACGUCUUCAGGGACACGGCCAAGUGUCCUCUGUGUCGCUGGGAGAUCGAGGAGGUGGUCCUGGUGUGGGGCUCUUCUCUGAGUCUGCUUUGAGGACUGAAGAAGACCUCCCGGUGCCCAUGGCAGAUUACACCUAGCUCUGAGCGCGGCCCUGCAGAGGGAGGAGGCGCAGCCCACCCUCUGAUGGAGAAGAGUCAGAAAGGCUGGCCAGCAACAGGUGUGGCAGAGAGGGAGGCAGGGGGGCACUGGCUCUUCCCCGCUCCCCAGCCGAUUGGGGCCAGUGGAGCAAGAUGGAGCCCCUCUUUCUGUCCUCAUCAGAACCGUCUCCCUGAUGGGGUGUCUGGCUGUAGAAUGUGGCUCAGCAAUGGGCCAGCGGACUUCUGAUCCAUCUCCUUAGCUUCACGUUCAUUUGUGCCCAGGGCUUUUGGCUGGCUGCCUGGUCCAGCCACCGUAGACCUAGCAAUCCCUGGCGCACAUGAGUCCCAGGAGUCCCCAGAACGCGUGCGUGUCUGUGAGAACAGCUUUUGUUCAGAGAGGGGCGACCUGAUCCCUGACUUGACAGCAGAGGAAGUUCAGGUAUCUGUGUGUCCGGUGGAAGCCCUGCCCACCCCCAGGGGAAUCAGGAGCCUGGACCAGAUGCAGGGAGGCAUGCGGGUAGAAGAUUUACAGCCCCAUGUGGAAGCUGGGUCACCUCUGACUUCCAUAAAGCCGAUCACUAGUUACCCACCCUGCCUACGUUGCAGGGGGCCUGUGAGGUCCCAGUGAGAUCAUCCAUCUGAAGGUGAUUCCGCACAUGGCAGUGCACUUUUGUCAUUGUGCUUAUUUCUUCGCCAGUUUCUGAGAUAUCAAAAUAAAGUUUGUCUUCUACGAAUGAUCUUGUAAUGUCUGUGUCCCCUUUGUUGCUGUCAGUGGGAGUGGGUGGAGCCCUG